AUGGGCACUGCGAUCCCCCAACUAGGCACAGGCGAACGCGACAUCCUGCUCUUCUCGACGGCCAUCAAGCUGCUUCUCCUGCCCACAUAUCGAUCGACUGACUUCGAGGUCCACCGCAAUUGGCUGGCAAUCACGCACUCUUUACCGCUCUCCAGAUGGUACUACGACGAAACCUCGCGAUGGACACUGGACUACCCUCCGUUCUUCGCGUUUUUCGAGUACUUGUUAUCACGAAUCGCCGUCCGGGUCGACCCGAAGAUCGUGGAGCUCGAUAACCUGGGGUACCAGGAAGCGAGUUGUGUGGGCUUUCAACGAGCAACAGUGAUCCUUACAGAGCUCGUCCUAGGCGCAGCCCUGCUCAAAUUGACGCGAACGCCUUCCGAACCACACAACGCGACCAUCGCCCUUGCAACAGCCGCCUCCCUCUUCUUACAUCCAGGCUUAAUCAUCGUCGAUCACAUCCACUUCCAAUACAACGGAUUCCUGCUUGGAAUCUUACUAUGGUCUAUUUGGGCUGCAAGAGAAAAAAGAUUCUGUUUAUCUGCCGGUUUGUUUGCAAGUCUCUUGAAUUUGAAGCAUAUCUUCAUCUACCUAGCACCGCCCUUUCUCGUCUACCUAUUCCGCGCGCACUGUAUGGGCACGGUCGACAAAAAACAGCGGGGAAAGUCUGCAAGGAUUUCGUUUGUCAGGCUCAUCCAACUUGGAUUGAUCGUCAUUGGAACCUGUGCGGCUAGCUUUGGGCCGUUUUUGCUCAGCUCCGGCGUCGAUGGAAUCCUCCAGAUCAUCCACCGACUCUUCCCGUUCAAACGGGGCCUCAAUCAUGCCUAUUGGGCCGGAAACGUCUGGGCUUUGUAUAGCACAAUCGAUCGAAUCCUGCUCAAAUACCAGCUAUCACGCGGGAUUAUUGUCGAUCCGUCUGUAUUGAAUUCUACUUCAAGAGGCUUAAUUGGUGAUACGAGCUUUGGAGUAUUACCGACGAUCACUCCUAAUACCUGUUUAAGUUGCACCCUAGGAUUUAUGAUCAUCAUCAUGUCUAAAUUAUGGCAAGAUCCGACGUACACCCGGUUCUUGAAGUCAAUAAUCCUGGCCGCCUUUACGUCCUUCCUCUUUGGAUGGCAUGUGCACGAAAAAGCAGCCCUUUUAUUCCUUGUUCCGCUAACUCUAAUUGCAGUACGAGAUUAUUAUCUUUAUAGGACCUGGCUUAUUGCUAGUCUAGCAGGUAUAUCGGGCUUGUUUCCGCUGUUGAUAAACCCAACUGAAACGCCGAUCAAGUUACUUUAUACCUUGAUCUGGCUGGGGUUAUGUUCAAGGAUAUUCAAAAGAAACUUACACAGGCCUAAUGUUUCAAAUCUGUUGAUUUUUGUAACCAAGAUCGAAAAUCUUUAUUUGAUUGGUUUGGCUUGUUUGCAUUUCUAUUUCUCAAUCUUACAUGGAUUUGUCAUCUCCGGCAAAAAUAAUUCAUUUGAAUUUUUACCACUAAUGACCAUUAGUUUUUGCACUUCACUUGGUAUUAUUUGGUCUUUUUGUAGAUUACUCGUAGAUUUUUUCUUCUUCAAAUGA